UGAGAAUAUAGAAACUCCACUAUAUUACACCGAAAGCCCCUAUGCACCUUAUCGCCGAUCCGCUCCCGUCCAGGUACUUGCAGUAAGGUCUCACUCAACUGAGGUAUCCACUGCAAGACCGUUCGUACCAGAAUACUGAUUGCCAAACUUGGACCUCUUUCCAAAACGGUGAAGCUCCGCCUCUACUGGGGAGCAGAAAGGCGAGCGUCACAAUAGACCGAUCUGUGCGCCAUUAUUCCACACCUUGAUGGCGAGCACGCUCAAGGGAAGCUGUGCCUGCGGCGCAAUCACCUGGACUUCUUCCCAGCCUGCGCAGAACCUCGACUACUGCUACUGCAAGACGUGCCAGCAAAUUUCUGGGGCGCCGUUCAUCGCAUGGCUUGGUAUUCCGAAGGCGACGCUCACAUGGUCCGGCCAGUUGCAUACGUUUACGGUCAAUGACUUGGCGGCACGGUCCUGCUGCGGUGAGUGUGGCUCGACAAUGACAAUGCAAUAUCACUGCUUCCCUGACCGGACACAUGUCGCGGCUGGCUCCGUGACCGAAGGCGGAGACGGUUUGCCGCAGGUGGAGAUGCAUAUCUUCACCAAAAACAAGCCUGUCUGGUACAGCAUCCCGGACGAUAAUGUGCCGAGAUGGGAGGAGUUUGACACAGAAACUGACAGGAUGCUGGCUGAGUUCGAUAAAGCGAAGUAGUAUAACCGGAGCGAAGUUCACAGGUAUAACAUUGUUCCAUACUGAGCGCGAACGCUUCGCUUCAGUUUGAAUCUAUACUCGCACUCUGA